UUCUGUUUACGGGGUCAUACCUUAUUCGUCUGAGCUAACAUCAUUGAUUAUCUGUGAUUAAAAUAUGUCACUUGUCAACUUAAUGUUGUCACUUGUCAGUGUCACGUUAAUUUAUUUACCAAUCAAAACAAAUACAUGUGCCAAAUACCAAAUAAUUCAAAAUGAAGCGUUACGUUUAAAUGAGUUUUUACCCACCUAAUUAAUAAGUUAUAUAUUUUACAUUUUGGGUUGGGUACUGCAAAAGAAAAUGUUCAAUAAUAUUUUACAAAGUUAACAAAGUGCCCAUACAAGUUAAAAUGGUAAUGGAAGAAAAGGAUGAAAUUGACUUGCAACUAUUUACCGAAAAUGUGUCUUUUCUUGCUGAAUGUUUCGAUAACUACUUCGCUGUUCAGAGUUCUUUAAAUUAUGUUAAAGAUUGUGUUCAAUCGGAGUCCAAACUUUUUACUCAAAAACCUCAAAAACAGAAGGUAUAUAGAAAAGAAAAUGUUCUUUCGCAAACAUUGACUAGCAAUCAAAAUGUUUCUUGUAAUAUUGAAUUAUUAUCACAAGUAAAGGGACUAAAUAAAACAUUAAAUAAGAAUUUGAAAAAUUGGGGUCUUCCCUACGAAAUAACAAGCAAAUAUGAAAGAAAAGGAAUAGUAGAAAUGUUUGACUGGCAAGUAGAAUGCCUCAGUAACUCCAACAUCCUUCUAGAUAAUCAGAAUCUUGUGUACUCAGCGCCCACCUCAGCAGGAAAAACUCUUGUUGCAGAAAUAUUGGCAAUUAAAACAGUUUUGGAGCGACAAAAAAAGGUUAUUUUCAUAUUGCCCUUUGUAUCUAUAGUGAGGGAGAAAAUGUUCUAUUUACAAGACAUCCUAUCUAGUUCUGGGGUCAGAGUUGAAGGGUUUAUGGGAUCGCAAUCUCCUCCAGGUGGUUUACAAGCAGUUCACAUAGCUAUUUGUACAAUUGAAAAAGCAAACAGUCUAGUCAAUAAACUUUUAGAUGAAGGCAAUAUAUCAGAACUCGGAGCAGUUAUUGUGGAUGAAUUACAUUUGCUUGGAGAUGCUCACCGAGGCUACAUUUUAGAGCUCCUUUUAACAAAAGUUAAAUAUAUUUCUUCUAAACUUGAUAAUAUGAAAAUACAAAUAAUUGGUAUGUCAGCUACAUUACCAAAUUUGAAAGUCUUAGCGGACUGGUUAGAAGCUGAACUUUAUAUCACUGAAUUUCGACCUAUACCAUUAAAUGAAUACUGCUUAGUUGGCAACAAAUAUUAUGAUAAAGAUGGUAAAUAUAUUGGUUUAUUUAUUAAACCCAAUAAGGAAAUGGAAUGUUGUGUUUUAUCUCUGUGCUUAGAGACAAUCAAAGAAGGAUGUUCAAUUUUGAUAUUUUGUAUGACUAAAAAUAGAUGUGAGAAUUUAGCACAAAGUAUUGCAUCCUCAUUUUAUAAGUUAGGAUGUACAGAUAAUGAACAAGGCAUACUUUUAAGAGAGCAAUUGAAAUUGAACAGCAUUUUAGAAGUUCUAGAGCAAUUAAAAAACUGUCCUGUAGGCUUAGACCAGAUUUUGAAAAAUACUAUAUCAUUUGGUGUUGCUUAUCACCAUGCAGGGCUUACAUUUGAUGAGAGGGAUAUUAUUGAAGGAGCAUUUAAGUCUGGUGCUAUAAGAGUAUUAGUUGCCACAUCAACUCUUAGUUCUGGUGUAAAUUUACCUGCUAGGAGAGUAAUUGUUAGAUCUCCUGUCUUUCAAAGACAACCAAUCAAUAUAUUAACAUACAAACAAAUGAUUGGAAGGGCAGGGCGGAUGGGUAAAGAUACACAGGGUGAAAGUGUUUUAAUCUGCACUGCAGCUGAGCAGAAAAUUGGAUUUGAUUUAAUGAUGGGUACUUUAGAUCCUGUUGAAAGUUGCAUUGAAAGCAAAGAUAAAUUUAUGAGAGCCAUUCUAGAAAUAAUUGCUAGCCAAGAUACUUGCAAGAAAUCAGAACUCGAGUUGUAUUCUAAAUGCACUCUCCUGUGUGCUCAGCAAGCUAUUACCACAUCCCAAAUAGAUUUACUAGAAGACACAAUAAAAGAACUUGUUAAUUUUGAAUUAGUAAGAGUUCAAACAGAAGCUGAUGAAAACAGAUAUGUUGCUACAUCAUUUGGAAAAGCAUGUCUCUCUUCAUCUAUGGCACCAAAUGAUGGGCUAUCAUUAUUUUGUGAGAUUCAAAAAGCUCGUCAAUGCUUAGUGCUAGAAACUGAUCUUCAUUUGAUAUAUUUGGUUACUCCUUAUAGUGUCAGUAACCAAUGGAAUGAUAUAGACUGGUUGCAUCUACUUACACUAUGGGAAUCUUUAACAGCUGCAAUGAAAAGAGUUGGAGAACUAGUGGGUGUUCAAGAAAGCUUUAUUAUUCGUAGUUUAAGGGGUGCCAAUAAAUCUAAUUGUAAUCAAAAUAAAUUGAGUAUCCAUAAAAGGUUCUAUACAGCAUUAGCAUUGCAAGACUUAGUUAAUGAAAUCCCAUUAUCGGAAGUAGCCUGUAAAUAUCAAUGUGCUCGAGGAUUUUUACAAGGUCUUCAACAAUCAUCAGCAACAUUUGCAGGAAUGGUAACAGCGUUUUGUCAUCAGCUGGGUUGGAAGAAUAUGGAAACACUAAUAUCACAGUUUCAAGAUCGACUUCAGUUCGGAAUUCAUUCAGAAUUAUUGGAAUUGAUGAAACUAACUUCUUUAAAUGGAAUCAGGGCUAGAACUUUAUUUAAUGCAGGGUUUGAAACAAUUUCUAGUGUAGCAUCAGCAGACGUAAAUGUAAUAGAAAAUGCACUUCAUAAAUCUGUACCUUUCCAAAGUGAAAAGGAAAGGGAAGGAGAUGACGACAUUGAAGUUAGAAAACGAAAUAAAAUCAAAAAUAUCUGGAUUACUGGCUGCUGUGGUAUGACCGCCCGGGAAGCUGCAGAAAAUCUCAUUUUGGAGGCACGCAAAUAUUUAACACAUGAUAUUGGUGUCUCAGAAAUCAAAUGGAAAGAUAAUUGUUCUGAUAAUUCUUUGGGCACUGAUGCUGCUAUUGAUGAAGUUAUUGUUAAUAAAAACCACGAAGAUAACCAACACGCUGAACCCCAAAAUGAUGUAAAAUUGAAAAUUAUUAAUAUACAAAAUACUAUAAAACAAGAAAUCAUACAAGAAAAUGUAAAUGAUGAACUUUCUUGUAAGGAUGAUUCUGCUAAAAUCGACGUUAAAAACAAUGUUGAUAAAAACAUUUGUAUAGUGUCUGUAUGUGAAAAAAAUGUCUAUAAAAUAAAUACCGAUGAACAAGAAAGUGAAGAAAACGAAAGUAACAAAAUUAAAAAUGGUCUUAGUGAAAACAGUAACUGCCAAAGAGAAAAUGAAAAGGUCAGCUGUAACAAAUCUGUAUUUGCCCCUAUAAAAGAAGAUCUUAUGUGGGAAUCGCUAAAUUUUACUGGAACUUUAUUGGAAAACAUUACUAAACUCCGUAAAUCGGAUACCGUAUUUUCGCCAAACAUUAGUUUUGGCGAAGAAAUAGUUAGCUCAAACGCUUUAGAAGAAGACUUGCCUAAUAUGUUCACUUCCAAAUUUACAUCUACUAAAGAUAUCAGUUUGUUUUCUUCCGAAGGUGACAGUUCAAGUGUUUUCGAUGAUUCUUUAAACUUACUAACAGAAGCCACUGUAGAAAAUAAACUAGAUGCUCCAUAUGUUCAAACAUGUACAGAUUACAGUGAUGUCAAUACUAAAUCAAUACUAAAUGGUUUUAAGUCCACUAUAGUUGAUGAAGAUGACGAUAUUAAAUUAAUAUAUGAUGAUGAGAUAGGAGAUUCAAAUGAAGAUGUUCAUGUUAAUUUGCAAAAAUCUCAGGAGUAUGAAAUACUAAAUACACAAGAUGUAAAAGAACCGAAGCUUAAAAGUAGUUUUAUCAGUCCACUAAAACGACGCUCCUUAAAUAGCAAUUUACAUUCCAUGGCAAAGAAAUCCAAAUCAUCAAAUGAGAUAGAAGUUCAAUUCAAGAUAAAUUCUUCUAAGUCGAAAUAUUUUACACUAAAUUUCGAAAAAAAAUGUAUAAAUUGUUACAUUUUAAGAGAAGACGAUAUACGUACAAAUUUUACAAACAUUAAAAAUAUCACAGGUUUUUCAAUAACUUUUGAUACUAGUUCAUUAACCAAAAGAACUGGAGACGUGAUUGGGAGCAACAUUGUAUUUAUAAAACCGAUUGUUUCUGUUAAACAACAACUAGACAAGAGAGAAGAAUCACCUAUUAUAAAUGGAAUAGCGUUGUGUCUAAGAAAUAAUUUAUGCGUUUUCUUAGAUUUAACAUCGCUAGACAAACACUUGUCUGCAUUAAAAUGUAAGAUGGCAUUAUUGUUUUCCAAUGAAUCAGUUAACAUAAAGAUGCUAUGUGCAAAAACAAACUUUGCACUCAUAAAGAAAUGGCUUGGAAAAGAUUUGCUCUCACGUUGUACUGAUAUAACGUUAACAGAAUGGUUAUUAGAUAGUGAUGAGAAAAUAUCAAGAAUUAUUGACUUAACUAAAAACUAUUGUGAUAUUGAUUUGCUGAAUAGUCGAAUAACUGUUAGUGGCAAACUAAAGACCUAUAAUGAUUUAGACAAAUGCGAAAUGUCGUGUCUAAAGGCCUGGUGCCUUUGGGCAGUUGCAGACAAACAAAGUACAAUGGUAUUGUCAAAAUAUAAAUUUUUGGAAGAAACUUUGUAUACCGAAACUCAAGUAGCGAAGAUACUUGGGAACUGCGAGUACCACGGCGUUCACGUAGACAAGAGCCUCGCGUCACAACUUCUGAUUGAUGUGAAAAAUUCACAGGAUAUCCUUCAGAGAAAAGCUUUUAAACUGUGUGGAUACCAUUUCAACUUCAAUUCGUCGAAAGACGUAGCUAAGGCUCUAGGAAUUUACAAAGGACGGAAAGUAAGCACCAAAAAGACAGUGCUCUGUGCCCAUAAUAGUCCAAUGGCCAGUGUUGUGAUAUAUUGGAGGAAACUCAACUCCAUUCUCACUAAGACCUUGUACCCGCUCACAGAACAGGCCUUCAACUACAGCUCGGAUGACAGGAUAAGCCCCACCUACACGAUGCUCACUUGCACCGGCAGAAUUAGUAUGCACGAGCCGAAUCUACAAAAUGUACCACGAACGUUUACCAUUCCUCUUAGAUAUAUUCAGGCGGUAGACGAAAAUGCACCUUGCGAGGACGUAAUAGAGUUCAAUUGUAGGAAUAUUUUCAAAGCGUCGCCUGGAUUCGUAUUCGUGUCCGCUGAUUACUGCCAGCUAGAGAUGAGGAUUUUGACUCACUAUUGCAAGGAUGUGGUUUUGACUAGGAUUAUGAGCUCGGACGUCGACGUUUUCAAGUCUAUUGCAGCGUCGUGGAGUGGCGUUACUGAAGAGCAGGUGGACGAUGAUCUACGGCAGCGUGCCAAACAGCUCUGUUACGGUAUUCUGUACGGAAUGGGGAACAGAACGUUGGCUCAACAACUCGACGUUACCGAGAUAGAGGCUGCCAUGUUUAUGGACACAUUCUACAAAUCCUAUCCAGCGAUCAAAACAUUCACUCAAAGUGUAGUCGACGGAUGCAGGCGCAGUGGAUAUGUGGAAACAUUGAUGAAACGGCGCAGAUAUUUGCCGGACAUAAAUAGCAACGUUGUGUCCAAAAGAAGUACAGCUGAAAGGCAGGCAGUAAACACAACUAUUCAAGGUUCAGCAGCGGACAUUGCAAAGGCUGCGAUGUGCGCCAUAGACAAGAACACCAGCAACGAUGCUGACAAACCUCGUCUUAUUUUACAAAUGCACGAUGAGCUAGUCUAUGAAGUCAUCGAUUCAAAGAAAAUAAACUUCGUUUACACAAUCAAAAAACUAAUGGAGGAAACAGUCCAUUUAAAUGUGCCUUUACCGGUCAAAGUCAAAACUGGUUACGCUUGGGGCUCGAUGGAAGAAAUAAAAGUUUAAUUUAUUGUUAUUAUUAAUCAUGAAAUUGUACAGACGUUUUCUUUAUUUGUAUUGUCUGUGAUAUUUUGUCUAAUCUUAAAUAAAAUGUAUUUUCGCAAACAUGAA